AUGUCUCUGCUUCUCAACCAACUCUCGAAGCUCUGCUUCCAGAAACCUGUUUUGGUAAGAUCAUCUCCUGUUCUCCCUAACAAUGGCUUCUCAACUUCCUUGACACAAACCCCUCCUUGUUCCAUCAUUUGCGCUGAACCUUGCGGAGCAGAUCUCGGGAAACUCGUCAUUUGGAAUGCUACUGAAAGUAAAUACACCCAUUUGGAAAAGAAGGUGCCUCUGGAGUUGGUGGAUAAAGAUGUAACGAUAACGAUCGGGUCAUCCCAUGGUUGGGUAGCUACUUUGGAGGACGACAGCAGCAUAGUGCGUCUUCAAGAUGAUCUAAACCCGGUUGCAUCGGAUAAAGAUCCAAAACGCGUUUUUCUGCCUCCUCUUGUAACCCUGCCUCAUUGCCAAACCAAAGUUGUCACCAACGUCGCCAUGUCCUCAUCUUCUCCUGAGGAUGAAGACUGUGUCGUGGCUAUAAAGUUUUUAGGACCCCAACUCAGCUUUUGCAGACCCGCUCAAAGUAACCCCGAGUGGAUCAACAUCGCGAUUGAAAACCCCUGCUUCUUCUCCUCCCCUGUGAUGUUUUCCAACAAGGAUGACAUCAUGUUAAGCAUACCUGGAUCUGGCGGACACCUCAUCGGAUCAUGGGAUCUCCACAAACAUAGCAAGAACCCAAAGUUGCAAAGCUUGCGGUUUCAAAACCUUCCCAAGCUGACAAAGGCCAAGCGGGACCUUCUGGAUUCGUGCUACGCAAGCGAGCACUUGGUGGAGUCAAGAACCACCAGUGAAACUUUCUUGGUCAAGAGGUACAAGAAGACCGUCAAGAUCUUCAAGGGUAUUGUGAAAAUGAAAACAGAGUUUUUAAUGGUGUUCAAGAUAGACGAGCAAGGAAACGCUGUUUUCACUCAAGACAUCGGAGGCCUCGUCAUUUUCCUCUCAAAGUCCGAACCUUUUUGUGUCCCUGCUAGCUCAUUUUCCGGCAUGUCCUCUAACGGAGUCAGAGUCUUGGAUGUCGACGAAUCAGCAAAUGUCAGUCUGGAUCGGUAUCAAAGAUGUAUCAUCCAUAGUACAAUUUAUAGAGACGGACUCGGGGCCCCUUACCAUAUUCCACCUCAAAAAAAAAAGACUAAUAGCUGGGAUCUGAGUUAGUUUGAAAGUCUGGAGUCUUGUCUUUUCUUUUAAACCAUUCAAACAACAAA